CGCGAGCCCUUCUUUUGCAGUGGAACCUGGUGUGCGAGGACGACUGGAAAGCCCCGCUGACCACCUCCCUCUUCUUCGUGGGGGUCCUCAUCGGCUCCUUCAUCUCAGGGCAGCUCUCAGACAGGUUUGGCAGGAAGAAUAUCCUUUUCUCGACGAUGGCCGUGCAGACUGGCUUCAGCUUCCUGCAGAUCUUCUCCACAAGCUGGGAGAUGUUCACAGUGCUCUUUCUCAUAGUGGGGAUGGGACAGAUCUCUAACUACGUGGUGGCCUUCAUACUGGGAACAGAAAUUCUUGGCAAAUCAGUUCGUAUUAUAUUCUCUACAUUAGGAGUUUGCAUAUUUUUUGCAAUUGGCUACAUGCUGCUGCCACUGUUUGCUUACUUCAUCAGAGACUGGCGGAUGCUGCUGCUGGCGCUCACUGUCCCGGGGCUGUUCUGCAUCCCGCUCUGGUGGAUCAUUCCUGAAUCCCCUCGGUGGCUGAUCUCCCAGGGAAGAUAUAAGGAGGCAGAAGUUAUUAUCCGAAAGGCUGCAAAAAUAAAUGGUGUUCCAGCCCCAGACGUGCUUUUCGACACCGCAGAGAUGCAGGAUUCGAAGCCUCAGCAGCAGCAGAAGGCUAUCCUUCUGGACCUAUUUCGAAACCGAAACAUUGCAACUAUUACUAUUAUGUCAUUACUUUUGUGGUUUUUCACAUCAGUUGGUUACUUUGGCCUGUCCCUCAGCACUCCAAGCUGGCAUGGAAAUGCCUACGUCAACUGUUUCCUCUCGGCUAUUAUUGAAGUUCCAGCUUACGUGAUUGCCUGGCUUCUCCUCCGCUCCCUCCCUCGGCGCUACUCCUUAUCUGGCACCUUGUUUUUAGGGGGAGGUGUUGUCCUCUUCAUUCAGCUGGUUCCUGCAGAUUUUAAUGUCCUGUCUGUUGUCCUGGUGAUGCUUGGAAAAUUUGGUGUCACAGCUGCGUUUUCAAUGCUUUAUGUCUACAACGUGGAGCUAUACCCAACGCUAGUGCGAAACAUGGCAGUCGGAGCUACUUCCAUGGCUUCCAGGCUGGGCAGCAUCAUUGCUCCUUACUUUGUUUACCUGGGUGCCUACGACAGAUUCCUACCAUAUAUCCUGAUGGGAAGCCUGACUGUGUUGAUCGGGAUCCUUACCCUGUUUCUCCCAGAGAGCUACGGCAAUCCCCUGCCUGAGAGCUUUGAGCAAAUGCUGAAGGUGAAAUGUUUCAGAAAUGGGCAACAAACCACUGGCAUUAGGAAUUCAAAGGAGAGUCCUAAAAUUGUCGUAACACCCUUGUGA